UUAUGUUUUGCUAAGAUGUCUUUAGACAUCUUUAAUCCCAUCCUUACCAGAAAUAUAGCCCGCUCACUGAUCUUCCCUAAUUUAUCUUUAUCAUCACUUUCAUUUCAUAAUAAAUCCUUUACAUGUUCAUUAGGGAGAAACGGUCUUACAGAUUAAGUGUUUCCUUAAAAUGUGUGAUUAAGAAUACCGUAACAAGUAAUCAAGAAGUUUAUGUAAUAAGAUAAUGUAAUGGGACAAGCAGGCAUAUUAAACUAGUUUUCCAAUAGCCGUAUGCUCAGCAUCAUCCAUUGAUCACCACUUUUAACAAUCUGGUAAAUCUAUCCAAAGUUAAACUAAGCUUUUAAAAGCUCAUAUUGGAUUUAACCAGUUGAUCUACUUACUGAUGGAAAACUGUCUCUAACAAUUACUGAAAUUAUACAUUUAGAAAUGAAAUAUUCCAUUAGCUAUCUCUGCCACAAUAGCAGCAUAAUGUUACACUUUGUUCUUUCACUCUCUCCCACCCCCUUAAGAAACAGGGAUGUUAUUAUGUGGUCUUAUUUCACAUCCUGACCUCAGUUACUUGGGUUUGGAAGAAUGGUUUCUACCAAGGUUAAAAGACCUAUCUCUGCAUAUUAUUUACAACUAAGGACCUAAAAAGUUCUCUGUAAAUUUUAAUUAUCAAAACAUCCUUUGGGAAAAACGUAUUUCUACUUUUCAAAUAUUAGAGAACUGAGUAUAAUGACUGAUUUAUGUAAGUGAUCAUGAUAUGACUACUAAAGCUGAAAUAGAUACGACAUUUUGAUUUCCAGCAAAACUUCUUAAACUUUUACCAAAAUAAUGUAUUAGAAUCUCAAAGUUCAAGAGCCUCCUUACUCAUUUUUUUCCCACUGUUUAAAAUAAUGGCCUUACCAUUUUCUUUUGCCAAAAAGUAGGUAAAUGAUAAUAAAUUCGCCAGUACUUUCAUAACUGCUCUCUGCACUGGGACAGGAAAGGGUGCUUUCUAAAUUGUUCUGGUUUUCAUGGCCCAAUCCAAACUAUAUAACACCCUGGCUCCAACUAAGACUUUUAGAAUAAACAAAAGAAAGACCUGUAACUAUUCAACGCAGUAGGUUCUACAUUUAUGGAGCCCAUAAGCUGAUUUCCUGGGGAAAGUAAAAACAGUCUCAAGACUUUAAAUGAACUCUUGGAUGCUGGAAUCACAGCAAAUUCAGGAAAAUUAGGAAUAUGUUAGUAACCUCUAAUCUUUUUUUAAACUGACCUCACCCUGGGCAAGUAACCAUCUCCUGAUGCCAUUGUUGGAGACAAUUUUUGGCUGGAAGAUCAUUUUUCUGACUCAAUCUGGCUUGCUAUUCUUGGUUAAUCAUCCCCAUUUCUCUCAACAUUUCACUCCUCUGACUGUAGUGAUCAACAUUUAUUUUCAGGAAAGACUUAAGUGAUUCGGUUACUCCAGUCGUAUCCCUCUUUAUCCUAGAUAAAUCCCCCAACCCCCAUUCCUAUCGCCCUUGUUUCACUAAGAUUUUGCUAAACAUUAGACACAGCACAUGACCUCCAGUCUUCCAGUGUCUCGAAACAAAUAUAAGAACAGUUGAUUGGUGCGGUUUUAAGGUUCUCUAGGCUUGGAAUUUAAGAGUUACUAGCUCUUCAACUCUUAAAGACCUACAACGUGAAAUUUAAAUUUUAAAAAUUUUUAAAUAAAAAAACCGCUCCCUUUUUUUUAACCUUUAGCCACGCCCACAAGCCGCUGCCCUCAAGCCUCCACGCGAAACUGCAGGAAACCGGAGGGGGCGGGGUGGUGACGUCACGACGCCGGUGCGUCACGGAACGGCGGCGGCUGCGGCGCUGGCGGUGGCUGCGGCAGCGGCGGCAUUUUAGUCGACAGCGGCGGAGGCUGCGGGGCUGCUGUUCCUCCCAGCAUCCCUGGCGCGGCCAUUUCAGCCCCAUCUUGGCGGAGGGGAGGGAGCUGCAGUCGCCGGUUCAGCAGUUUGAAUUUCAGUUUCUACAGGGUCUGCGAACCGGGCGCACCGAGGCGGAGCCGAAGAAGUUACCGCCGCUACCUCACACCCAGAGCGCCUCCGCUCGCCCGUCAGCCGGUCGCCGCCCCUCACUCUCUCAAGAGCCGUGAGGGGAGGCCGGGACUGCCGCCGCCGUCGCCCGCGGGGGUGGCUCCCCCUGUGAGGGGAGGACCGAGUCGGUUUUCCCCUCCCUUUCCCGGAGUGGGUUUCCGCCAGAGACCGUCGACAUGGUCUGGGGCUGAGCGCCGGCUAGAGCCGGGGAGGGAGGGCCGCCCGCCCGCACCGCAGCUCCGUCGCCAGCCCGCGACUCCUGGCUGAGUCAGAAAUCCCCGGCUCGGACCCGCCGCUCCUUCCCCUUCUCUCCUCAGCGUCCGAGAGCCCGGAGCUGACGCCGGCACCGGCCUCCGGAGCCUGAGCGGGACAGCACCGCCCCUCACGCCGCCGCCGCCUCCUCCCCCUCGUCCUCCCACUCCCACCCCCAGCCAAGGCCUGCUGACCGCGCGGAGCGCCGAGCUGGACUGACCACGGUGCCCCGGAGACAGGAGGAAGCAGCAGCCGGCCCGCCCCUGGGAUCGCGCUCUCGCCGCCUCUGAGGGGAUUGAAUUGAGGCGCCGCGGCUGGCGGAGGCGAAAAAGGAGGAGGAGCCGCCGCGCGAGUGAGCCGGGGGGCAGAGCCGAGGAGCCCGACACAGAGAAGGAAGCGGGGAGGAGGAUGUCUCCCAGAGCGGCGGGCUCCCGGAUCAGCCCGUGACGCUCACGGCGGCGGGCCUCAGACCCCAGCGCGGACUCGGACUUUGUCUUUGGGGGCCCGGCUGUCCUUCCUGGUUUCCGGCAAGACCGCAGCGGAGCCGACGUGCCUCUGCCCUCCAGCCUUCCUCACCAUGUCCAAGAUGCCGGCCAAGAAGAAGAGCUGCUUCCAGAUCACCAGUGUCACCACGGCCCAGGUGGCCACUAGCAUCACCGAGGACACCGAGAGCCUGGACGACCCGGACGAGUCACGCACAGAGGAUGUCUCCUCUGAGAUAUUCGACGUUUCUCGGGCCACGGAUUAUGGCCCCGAGGAGGUCUGCGAGCGUAGCUCCUCCGAAGAGACGCUCAACAAUGUUGGGGAUGCGGAGACUCCCGGGACGGUCUCCCCAAACCUCCCCCUGGACGGGCAGCUGGCGGCCGCGGCGGCUGCUCCAGCCAACGGAGGAGGAGCCGUUUCGGCCCGGAGCGUGGCAGGGGCGCUAGCCAAUACUCUGUCGGCGGCCGCCACCUCGACCCCUGCCUCAGGGGCACCCGGCGCCCACGCCGCCGGAGGCUUAUCUGCUGCGCCGGGGACUGCAGCUCCAUCGCAGCCCCCCACCACUUGUAGUUCCCGUUUUCGCGUGAUAAAGCUGGACCACGGAAGCGGGGAGCCCUAUAGACGCGGCCGAUGGACGUGUAUGGAAUACUACGAGCGCGAUUCCGACAGCAGCGUCUUGACCAGGUCAGGGGAUUGCAUUAGGCACAGCAGUACUUUUGACCAGACUGCGGAGCGGGACAGCGGCCUGGGCGCCACUGGCGGGUCGGUGGUGGUGGUGGUGGCCUCCAUGCAGGGGGCGCAUGGGCCCGACUCUGGAACUGACAGUUCCUUGACUGCUGUGUCACAGCUACCCCCGUCGGAGAAAAUGAACCUGCCGGCUUCGGCCCCGCGGCUGAGUUUUGGCGUUGGGCAGCCUCAGCCGCCGCUGCCCGUAGGUGGGGCUGUGGCUCCAAGCUCGGCUCCGAUGCCAUCGUUCUCGGGCGCUGCGGCCGGGCCGCAGCAAAUAAUGGCAGCCCCGCAGCCAGCCCAGCCCCAGGGAACCGGGCCCGGCGUUGUCCCUCCGGGGCCCAGUGCACAGGGUCUGCCGCCGACGAAUGUAACCCUAGCGCAGCCCGGCAUGUCCCUGCCUCCGCAGCCGGGCCCGGCCGCCGGCGCUUCUGCGACGCAGCAGCCUCAGCAGUUCGCUUAUCCCCAGCCUCAGAUUCCGCCGGGGCAUUUGAUGCCGGUCCAGCCCUCUGGCCCGAGUGAAUACCUGCAGCAGCAUCACGUGGCGGGCCUAAAGUCGCCAAGCCCGGCGCAGCCCUCCGCCACAGGCGCGGGAGCGAGCCCCGCCGCGGCGGCCAGCCUUCCGGUGGGCACCGGCCAGAAUACCUCCUCCGGGGGCACGCACAUCAUGGGCGCCUCUUCCGUGCCCAGUGAAACUGUGGCCCCAGGGCCGGGACCCGCGCCAGGCGGACAGGCCGCGCAUUUUCAGCCGGCGGGAGUCCCCCCAGCCGCUAUGGGAGGCGCAGGGCAGCCGGGCCUGGUUCCUGCCGGGGCCGGGAAGCCCCAGUCUGCGCCCCCGCCGCAGUUGGGUGGCAGCGGUGCGCCGUCAGCCGGGCCUACUGGCCCUCACGCCGUGGUGCCCGGAGUUCCAAACGUGCCUGCCGCCGUGCCCGCCCCAAGCGUGCCUAGUGUGUCUACCACUUCUGUUACUAUGCCAAAUGUACCCGCGCCUCUGGUCCCGUCGCAGCAGCUGAGCAGCCAUACGCCAGUCAGCAGGAGCGGCAGCCUAAUCCAGCAUGUUGGGCUGCCUUUAGCGCAAGGCACACCCAAUGCAGCAAGUCUACCACAGCCUGACCUAAGCCAGUUUCAGACUCAGACCCAGUCUUUGGUCGGGCAAGUUGACGAUACUAGAAGAAAAUCAGAACCCCUACCUCAACCACCACUUUCUCUCAUUGCUGAAAAUAAGCCUGUUGUGAAGCCUCCUGUUGCAGAUGCCCUGGCAAACCCCCUUCAGUUAACACCUAUGAACAGUCUGGCCACCUCUGUAUUCAGCAUAGCUAUUCCUGUUGAUGGUGAUGAAGACAGGAAUCCUUCAACUGCUUUCUACCAAGCGUUCCAUUUGAACACGUUUCAGGAAUCAAAGAACCUCUGGGAUAGUGCAUCUGGGGGAGGUGGUGUAGCCAUUGACAACAAAAUAGAACAAGCAAUGGAUCUGGUGAAAAGCCAUUUGAUGUAUGCAGUAAGAGAAGAAGUGGAAGUUCUAAAGGAACAAAUAAAAGAAUUAGUUGAAAGAAACUCUUUACUUGAACGAGAAAAUGCACUGUUAAAAUCUCUUUCAAACAAUGAUCAAUUAUCCCAACUCCCAGCCCAACAGGCCAAUCCUGGUAGCACUUCUCAACAGCAAGCAGUGAUAGCACAGCCUCCGCAGCCAACACAACCUCCACAGCAGCCGAAUGUCUCCUCAGCAUAAAGCUUUCUUGCCUCAUUAAGAAAAACUGAAAGCAAUCUAUCCUUGUGUGCCACUGGUGUUCUUUCCACUUUAUACGAAAGCAAGUAGCCAUGCUUCGGUUGUGUGUUUGGCCUUUUCAGUAUUAGACAAUCAUUCUACAAGAGCUUUUCCUCUCUGAAAUGUCAUGCAGCACUGCUGAUGGCCAGUUUUGUCAUCAGUACACAAGGAGAAUAAUAGACGGGGUUUCUUAAGGCGAGCAGAGUCUGCAUUUUACCUGGUGCGCAUGAGUGGGGUCUAUUAAGAGCUUUGGUGGCUCUCCCAUGUUUCCUAUACCCAUGGAUUUACCCUGAGCCUUCCUAUCACAUUAUAAAUAACAGUUCAUCUAAAGAGCCACUUUUCUUUCAAUAUCAGUAACAUUUGCCUACGUAAGUUUUCAUUUGUUUGUGUUUUAUUUAUUACAGGGCUGCUAUUUUCAUAAAUGUACAUGAACAAUGUCACAGAACUUUUAUAAUUUUUUUGAAUAAUUAUAAGUAUCAGUAAAGGAAUUGAAAACAGGAUUGCAUUUAACAGAUAAAACGUUUAGGCAAUAAUUGAACAAAAGAAUCCUGGCAUAUUUCUAACACUAAUGGCAAUUUACCUUCGGUAUUUAUUUUUAGUAGUCAAGACCCAGCUUGAAUGUAAAUUUUGUAUAGUGUAAGUAUGAAGAACAUAGUGCAACUGUACAGGUAGUCACCAGUUAUUGUGAUAUAAUAAAUAAUUGGGCUAUUUUGAUGAAGAAAACUUUGUUCAUUUGUUUCUACUUUCUAAUAGAGAAAUUGCCACGAUUCCUCUGCUUUUCGACAUUUCGUAUGACUUUUUUUUCGGGUGGGAAUAAAAAGCUGUGAAAUUGUUCAACCUACUUUGUAACCAAAGAAGCAAAGCUGUGUAAUGGAGUUUGUUUUUUUUUUUAUAAUGCACAUUCUUUAUGUAUUUUUAUUUAGUGUUUUCUGGGUCACAAUUUUCUUUGCUGUCUAGCAUGAUCUGCAUGAUCUAUACUCUUUGAACCACUUUCGUACCUCAUGUUUUUAUCCAGCACUCUUAUUGUAAUAUGUACUAGUCUGUGAACAAUGUCAGAUAAAAAAGAACUAACAGGUAGGAUGUGGAGCUGAGCUAGUGUACUGUACACUAGUUGUAAAAUACAAGAAAAAAUGAAGUGAGCCAUCUUUUGUUCAUUUAAAAUGGUGUUUUGAAUUUCGUAUGCAGAAAACAUUUUGUUACAUUGCAGAUUUUAAUGUAUUUAAUAAAUGCAACAUGCAGAUUAAGUGCAGUGUAUACUGAGUAUUUAAAUUAAAAUGUACAUUUCAUAAAUACAGUUUCAAGAGAAAGCAUCAUUUUGUGUAUACUAACAUUAAGUGUAUGUCAGAAAUUGAUGUAUAAAUAUAUAUUUUAACACAUUUUCUGAAAUUAAACUGCAGUUUUGUUGAAA